AUGGACUUUUCAAAUCGCUUGCUUGGUAGAAACACCGAUGCUAAGUACAAGUAUCGUGGCUCCAAACUCCCGAAAGAACCUCUCACGCCGCGCGAGAUUGAGGAGAUGCAUAGGAAGCUGCAUCCUGAUACGCAUAGAGAUAACGCGUGGGAGCCAAAGCCCAUUUUUGACCCUCGCGACUGGAGUGUGCCCUAUACUCAAUCGCUGGAAGAAAAGUUCUCUGCUGUCGGCUCGCUACAAGAUGCGCAAUCGGGAUCAUUGCUGUUUAGCAAAUUGCCGCUAGAAGUGCGAGCGCAGAUCUGGCGCCUUGUCGUGGGGAGUCACAAGGUGCACUUGACUGUGCAUCGUGGCAGACUGAGGCAAUCUGUGUUCGAGUCAGAGUAUUAUCAGUGGCUACCGCAAAGAGGACUCUUGAAAGUCCCGCUGGUAUGUCGCGCAGCAUACAUGGAAUCUAUCUCGUACCUCUACUCCAAUAACACCUUCUGCUUCGGAUUUGGCCAAGCCAGCUCAAAGUCAGCGCUCACAUCGCUGGACACUAUGCUUCCAAAACAACACAUUGCUUCCAUGCGACACAUGGAAGUCGGAUGGCAUCUAUAUGCUGGUGUGAGUCAGUAUUACGAUAGCCACCCUCAAGCCUGGGACAUUUCCCUGGACGUCCCAGCGCCCGAGACUCAAAUGCUAUGGAAUGAAGUCUGCGCUGAGCUCGUCAAACUAUCGCAUCUGCGGACCCUGCGAAUUGUGGUCUGGCUAUCUGGUGAUGGGAGAGGACAGUUUGUGGGGAUGGAGAGAGACAUGCUUGCACCGCUGGUUGCGAUGGGACAUUUAGAGCGCUUUGACAUCCAUUUGCCCUGGAAGCAGGAUGAUACUGAGCUAUGGAAUGAUGCGCCGUUUUCAGUUUCCAGGCGUUUUAGGGUCAAGGAGAUGUAUGGCGUGAGCAUUCCGUUACCCGAGGAUGACUUUUACUGGUCGGGUUCAGCUGUGCAACACAGGAGGUAUAGGUAA